AUGGAAGUGGUUAUCCCUGACCAUCGAAGGCCAGUGUACUUGGAAGGGCAGAUUAAUGACAUCUACAUCAGGCGAGCUUUGGUUGAAAUUGGGUCAUCCGUCAACAUUUUGCCAUUGGUAGUGCUCACUGCAGCAGGCGUCCCAACGUCAAAAGUGGUAGGGUCUCAAAUCUCUAUUAAUGGGUUUGGGAACAGUAGUAAGAAAACUAUUAGAUCCAUUGAGAUCGACUUGAAGAUUGGCCCUAUCAGAUCGUUUACUAAGUUUUAUGUGAUGGACAUCAACGUGACUUACCACGCUCUGCUCGGAAAGCCAUGGAUAAACAAGCACAGACUCGAGGCCUCCACCUACCACCAGUGCGUUAAGGGAAUGAUUGGUCUGGGGCCUAUUCACAUCCCAGGAAACUAG